UCUUCUUCACAGCCACACAAAGUGUCAAUCAUUGAAGUCCUUUUCAAUCACAAUAUACCAACCAAUCUGUUUUGAAGCUUGUAAAUUUGCUCUGGAAGUUUGGAACUUUGAGCCUUGUUCUUUACACCAAUUAAAACCCUCAUCCUUUUUCAUUCAGUCAUUCUCGCAAACAAAAAAGGUGCAAUGCAACACCCGACGUUAUUUCAAUUCACGAAAAGCCAUGGAUUUCCGGAACAAGAACAGCUCAAGUGUCCACGUUGUGAUUCCACAAACACCAAGUUCUGCUACUACAACAAUUACAACCUCUCGCAACCACGCCAUUUCUGCAAGAGUUGCAGAAGGUACUGGACCAAAGGAGGCACUCUCCGCAACAUCCCCGUCGGAGGUGGAAGCCGGAAGAACACAAAGCGAUCAUCCACCGGCGCCAAACGAUUAUCCGCAACGCCAUCUUCAUCAUCAUCUUCUCCGUCAGUUUCGUCGGCCAUAGGAGGCGCAGACCCGACCCGUGUUUAUACCGACUCGAUGGGUGGGAAUUUCAGUUCACUUAUGACAUCAUCAUCUUCUGGGCAUCAAGGAAGUGUUCUGGAGGGUCUGAAUCCAAAUGGAUCGGAUCUGAAAAUGGCGGAAGCGGGUGAAUUUGGGGCGAAAGUGAGUUCAGUUGAGCGGGUUGUAGAUCCGGGUUCGGAGAUGCAGAGAAAUGGCGAUGCAGAGAGGUUUCUGGGUUCGCAAAAUGCAGAUUCGAGCCGUUGGAAUAACGGCAACGAGCGGUCUUAUCUUGCGAUGUAUACAUCAGGCUCAGGCUUCCAGUAGAAUCAGACAAGAACAAAUUUUUCUUCUGCUCAACCCAGCAGCUUCCUCAUUAGUCGGAUUCUGAUCUUGAUACUUCAACUCUGGUGAAGUUAGUAAUCAUAAUUCAGACGUUU